UAGCCACGUGACAUUCAAAAUGUCAGCCGCCAUAAGGAAAACAAUGUCUACUAACAAUUUUAAAAGCCGUCUGCGUCCACAAAAACUUUUAAAGUAUUUUUUUGACCCAAACUAUGUAACUGUUAUCAUGGUAUUACUGCUAUUUGCAGAAAUUGUAGUCUGUUUUGGCGUUAUUAACAACAUAAAAUUCACAGCAACUUGAUGGACGAAAAAAAAAGUUCAGCAACUAACUUGUAAUUCUGAAGAUAAAGGGCACACCAAAGGGUCCAAAGCCGAGUACAUCUGGACACAGCAAACAACAUGUGCUCAUCUCUAUUACUGAGGAUGCCAAUAUUGAUGAGGACAUGUAGACUGACUCUGAAAGAUGUUACACAGAGAUUGACUGGGUUGCCUACAUGCAGGAAGUAGAGGGUGUUGUGAAUGGGACGUAUGAUUACACCCAGCUUAAAGGAGAUACUGGACCACUUGUGUAUCCAGCUGGCUUUGUAUACAUCUUUACUUGUUUGUAUUAUAUCACCGGUAAAGGAGAAGAUAUCAGGCUGGCCCAGUACUUAUUUGCAUUGCUUUACAUAGCCACACUUCUUGUUGUCUUUGACAUUUACAGAAGAGUGAAAAAGGUACCUCCAUUUGUAUUUAUUUUCAUGUGUUGUGCUUCCUACCGGAUCCACUCCAUCUAUGUCCUGCGCAUGUUCAAUGAUCCAGUUGCAAUGCUGUUCUUGUAUGUUGCUGUUGAUUUCUUUCUCACUGACAGAUGGGCAAUUGGCUGCAUUUUGUACAGUAUUGGUGUGUCCGUAAAGAUGAACAUACUGUUGUUUGCCCCUGGCUUGCUGUAUUUGCUGUUGGUUACUCAGGGCAUCAUAGGCACAGUGAAACAUCUAACUAUUUGUGCAAUUCCCCAGGUUCUUCUAGCAAUUCCAUUCUUGCAAGAAAACCCAUUUGGCUACAUAAAAAUGUCAUUUGAUUUGGGCAGACAGUUCUUCUUCAAAUGGACUGUGAAUUGGAGGUUUCUUCCAGAAGAAGUUUUCUUGAAUAGAUAUUUUCACAUUGGACUACUGAUUGCACAUAUAUCAGUGUUGGUUUUAUUUACAUUUUGUAAAUGGAAAAGGUAUUUACCAAGCAUCAACGGGUCUUUGAGUACCAAGACAGCAACUCGUUUGAAACCAGAUCAGAUACUGUUGCCAUUUUUCACAUCCAACUUCAUAGGCAUGUGUUUUAGCCGCUCUCUACACUACCAGUUCUAUGUCUGGUACUUCCACACCCUCCAUUACCUGCUCUGGUCUACCAGCAUACAUCAGGUUGGCAAAGUGCUGAUACUAGGCCUGGUGGAGCUAUGCUGGAACACCUACCCCUCAACUGGUCUUAGCAGCCUUGUGCUGCAUGCCUGCCACCUCACUGUGCUCACAGGCCUCUGGCUAUCACCACAACACAUGGCCACAAGGAAAACAACAGCAGCACAAAAGAUGGACUGAGAGUGAAACUGGGAAGCGUUUGCGACAUGAAAAUAUAAACUAGGAAGCAUUUAUUGCAUGAACAUAUAGACUAAGGAGAAUUAGUUGCAUGAUUAUAUAAACUAUGAAGAAUUGAAUGCAUGUAAAUAUAAGUAAUUAGUUAUGGAGCAUUGGUGAUUUGGUAAGUCUGAACUAUGGACCAUUUAUGGCCUUUUAUUAUGCCCUCAGUAGGGUGGCAUAUAGCAGUUGAACUGUCCAUCAGUCCAUCUGUAAGUCUGUGCGUCCGUCCGAAAACUUUAACAUUGGCCAUAACUUUUGUAAUAUUGAAGAUAGAAACUUGAUAUUUGGCAUGCACGUGUAUCUCAUGAAGCUGCACAUUUUGAGUGGUGAAAGGUCAAGGUCAUCCUUGAAGGUCAAAAGUCAAAAAAUACAAUCCAAGGGAACUAAUAAGCAUUUAAAAGGGAGAUAAUUUCUAAACCUGCCAAAUGAUAUUUUGAAAUUUUAUUUCAAAGCGCAACAAGGGGCAUUGUGUUUCUGACAAACACAUCUCUUGUUUAUACUGAUACAUGCUUCAUUACCAAGCAGCUAAAAAAAUAAGAAAAAAAAUAAAGCAAAUGCCUUUAUAUAUUCACUUGCUAGAUGAUUCAUGUAUUUAUAAUGAUUCAUGGACCCAUAGAGUCAUGUAACAGACAGGUCACUGCUCACUAGUCUGAUUGAAAGGAAUAAAACAUGUCACUGCAAACUGUUA